AUGCAACCUGAUCAGAUAGAUAAAAGUAUGGUCACAGAUAUACGGCCAGUAAAUGAUGCGAGAAAGAAGAAGCUUACCUUUAUCUCAGAAGGUUCAGCAGAUAUUGAGGUACAAAAGAAUUCAGAGGAACGAGCACAAGAGAAAUAUGAAACUGAAAAACUACGAAGAACAAGAAAGUCAUUAAGUGAUCAAUUACGUUCAAAUUCUGCAAGCAAACAGAAAGCAUUCAAGAAUGAAGUUAGAAAAAGAGAAAAAUUCAACAGACUUAGUAGAGAAGAACUUAACUUCUUUAAGGAUGUGAAAGAGAAAGAGAAAAGGGAGGAAAAUGAGAUGGAAACAUAUUUAGCUCAAAAGACAGAAUCCUUUGAUAAGAGAAAAAGAAAUGCUGAAAAGAAGAUAAAUAGUAAUGAUGAGACAGAUGAUGUUAUAAAAAGUACGAGUGCUAAUGAGCAGAACGAUUUAAUAAGUAAUAAAGUAAUAAAGAAAAAGCACAAAAAGAUAAAAUUGAAAAUAAAAACUUUAGGUUCUAACCAAAAAUAG